UCGCGCAUGCGCAAUUGUUCGGACUCUUUGGUUCCGCACCUCUUCUGCUAUAAUGGCCAAGCGCACCAAGAAGGUGGGGAUUGUGGGGAAGUACGGCACCCGUUACGGUGCGUCCCUCAGGAAGAUGGUGAAGAAAAUUGAGAUCAGCCAACACGCCAAAUACACCUGCUCCUUCUGCGGCAAGACUAAGAUGAAGAGACGGGCUGUUGGGAUCUGGCAUUGUGGAUCCUGCAUGAAAACCGUCGCUGGAGGCGCUUGGACAUACAACACAACAUCAGCCGUCACAGUGAAAUCUGCCAUCAAGAGACUGAAGGAGCUCAAGGACCAGUAAAACCAGCUGACUGGACUGUGUUUUUGUACAGAUCAUCACCUUGUUUUGGACUGUAAUUCUCUCUGUGGCUCGUUGGAACAUCCCACAAUAAAUCUUGAGUUGUGUUGAGCUGGA